UUGCCAGUGGGCCGGUUCGUUUUUUGAAUAUUGUGCGCCUGGUCCUCUUCCUCAAGAGACACUGUUUCUCUCCCUCUUCCCUUCCUCCCUCUUCAUAACUGUUCACCGACACCAAACAUUCAUUUCCAAUACCCAACGCAGCUAGCUGCUUGACUCUCCUUCACGCGUCUUUGACAGACUGCCAGCUUGACACUCCUUCGGCUGUGCCGACCAACACCGCACCAGAACACCAAAGACAAACGCUCUUUCAUAUACACCUUUGAUCACUUGAACUUAGCGACCGGUCGUCCAAGUUCUCUGUCGUUCAAUCCCACAUCCAACAUCCGUCGUCGGACAGCUCUCGAAGCCAACACUCACUCCCAACCAAAUCAGCAACAGCAACAAUGUUGACCUCCAAGGCCCUCACCGCCGCGGUCCUGACCGUCCUCACUGGCCAGGCCGUCGCCGCCAACUCCCACCGUCACCUCCACCGUGCUGAGAUUGCCAAGCGCGCCAUGCACACCGAAUGGGUCACCGUCCAAGCGACUGUGUACGUUACUGCCGGCCAGGAGUCUCAGCCCACUACCGUGGCCGAGGCUCCUCAGCAGGUCUCCCAGGAGGCUGUCGCACAAGCUCCCCAGGCUGAGAAGCAGGCUGUCGCUGAAAACCCCGUGGUCCCCGAGGCUCCUGUUGUUUCUGUGGCCCCCGUCGUCUCCCAGGCUCCUGCCGUGGCCCCCGUCGUGGCCCCUGCUCCCACUACCACUCUGGCCACCUCGGUGAAGCCUGCCUCUACCACUGCCGAACCCAUCAUUGAGAUCAGCGCUUCCAUCGAUCUCCCUAGCGUACCCGAGCCUUCCAAGGAGCCCGAGACGCCUUCGGGCGGCUCUGGCUCUGGCUCUGGCUCUGGCGUGUCCGGCAAGCGUGGUAUCGCCUACAACGAUGCCAACAUGGCCAACAUCUUUGCCGAGUCUUGCGAGUCCUGCCGCUGGGCCUACAGCUGGGGCUCUGCCCCCGGCAGCUUGGAGAAGAACAUCCAGUACAUCCCCAUGCUCUGGGGCGACUCCUCCCCGUACACCGAUGACUGGGACCAGAACUGCCGCAGUGCCCUCGACGCUGGGUCGCCCGCCAUCCUGUCCUUCAACGAGCCCGACCACCCUGAACAGUCCAACAUGAGCCCGUCUCAGGCCGCGUCUGCUCACGCCAAUCUGAUCAACCCCUACGCUGGCCAGGCUCUGAUCGGUUCUCCCGCCGUCACCAACUCUGGUGACCCUGGUAUGGGCCUCGAGUGGCUCCAGAGCUUCAUGGAUGCUUGCAAGGCUCAGGAUGGCGGCUGCGCCAUUGACUUCUGCGCCGUCCAUUGGUACUCCGAGGCCCAGUACGCCGACACUCUCUUCGACCACAUUGAGAAGGCCCACGAGAUCUGCGACAACAAGCCCAUCUGGCUCACCGAGUUUGCCCCCACGGGCUCUGAUGCCGAUAAGGAAGACUUCAUGAAGACCGUCAUCCCCAAGCUUGACGCCGUUGAGUACCUCGACGCCUACUCCUACUUCAUGGUCUCCGAGGGCAACCUCAUGUCCAGCGUCAGCUCCCUCAGCAGCGUUGGCUCGCUCUACGCCAGCGUCGCCUAAGCGGACUGCUCGUAGGCGAUGACCAUUCGACCGGCAUCGGUCACGUUCACUUCUUGUCAUGGGGAAACCCACUUUUUUUCAAAGGACAUUUUCGGGGGGUAUGUACGUCAACAAUUGGGAGAUAUAGGACAAAGGCGCAGUGUGUUUGGGUAUCCAAUUUAUAUGCGUCUCUUGUGCUCGGAGCAGGAUGUCCUUGGUAUGCUUCCAGUAUUCCGAGACUCCCGCCAUCUGUACGAUCAUCUCAUCCAGAUUGGAGCCGGUCUGUUGCAUUCCUUCCCCUCAACCUUUCGAGGGGAAUGUCAAUCGUUUUGCUACGGGGAUCGGCGCUAGGAUGUUUCAAGGGACAGGGUUAAAAGGGAGCCACCGAUAUACGGUAGGCUAGAUAGAUGUUACGUGCAAUGACCAGCAAUGCCAAAAAUUGCCUAAAACAAA